AUGCGGAUUCCGAUUGUUCAAUUGAUUAUUGUCUGUCUCUUCUCUUUAAUUCAAAAGGCAUUGGCUGAUUAUGACAAAAAAUCUAUUUUAAGAUUCCCCGAUGUUGCAUUUUCGAAAAGUCUCACAGAAUUUGAGUCCUUAGCUAGCGUAUACCAUACUUUAUCUAGAAAGCCAACUUGUUACCAGUCUACUGCGUUUUCGCUAAUGUCGGCAUGCGAAGUCCUCAAUACGGAACUUUCAAUGGAUGAACGUAUUGAUUAUGCGAUUCGAUUAACCAUCUGCGAUCUCGAACAUGCACAAAUUUCAGUUCCAUAUGAAUGUAAAAGAGAAUCGCACUCUUCAUGCUUAAAGAAGCUUGAAUCUGUAUCCUCCUGGUGGAUUUCCUUCGCUAGUCAUUACCACGAUAUAUCUCACUUAUGUAAACUAGCACGAUUGGAAUUUGAUAAAGGAAUAUCCAUCGAAGUUAAUAGAAAUAUAACUCUAAUUCAGAAAGAUUUAUUAGAGCUUUUGACGUCUGAGCUUCAAUAUAUCCAAGAUAUGUCUAGUGAUUUUAAUUAUGAAACGAUAAUUGAAAAUCAGAAAAUGAUUUCUCUUUUUCAAGAAAGGACAAAGCAAAUGGGUUUCUUGCUAGAAAAUGAAAAGAGAAACUUAAUAAGCUGGAAAAGCGAGCAAGAUGAAAUUAACUUAAAUCAUAAAAAUUCGUUAGUACAGUCUACUGAAUUAACCCAAAAGCUCGAUUCUAUGAAAAUGGUUGUGCAUGACCUUUUGACACAAGCUUACAGAGAUCGUGAGAUUUUACACGAUCAAUUUCGAGAAGAAGCUGUAUUACAAAAUGAGAACUCUCUAAAACUAUUAAAAGACAAAGCUUCUGAGUUUCAAACUGACUAUCAUGUAAUGUUAUCCUCAAUUGUGAAGGAUACUGAAAACAUACUUCAGUUGUCUUUGGAAAAUGAGGCUACUCAAUUUUUGAACCAAUUAUCUACUCUAACGAACAAAAUUACGCAUUUGGACAAUGGUUUGGACACUUUGCACAGCACUUUCAUGAAACAUUCUUUGGCUCAACAAGAACAAAUUACUCGGUGGAAAACAGAAUUCAUUGAUCUUAAUAACAGCCAGUUUGAAAUUUUUAACAAGUUUGCUAGAAGCCUUAAGACCCCAAAACCUGCUUCUAACCUUUUGUUGCUUGCUCCACCGGAGAGUAGUUAUUCUCAAAAGUCGACUAGAAAAACAGGUCAUCAAACCGGGAUCCAUGAUGAAUUUCAAACUAGGUACAAUAACAGCUUAUUAGGUAUAUCGGAAUCUCAGUGGUUUUUAAAUGAUCAAAGGAAAAGUGUAUUUAUGAAGAGCAAUCAGAGCGAUGAUAUAAAACAACAAAAGGCUUGGUGGGAAUAA